CAUGCCAUACUCCCCUGCUGACCCCCACCUCCGCCACCACCACCACCACCUCACCGCCGACAAACUCCUGGCCGCGGCAGCUCUUCUCCACUCACACAAGGUGGCCCCCAACCAGUGCACCUCCGUUGUGGUCCACUCCAUGUCGGCCCCACUCGACGCCGUCUGGUCACUCCUCCGGCGCUUCGAUGCGCCGCAGGACUACAAGACAUUCGUCCGCAGCUGCCACGUCAUCUCCGGCGACGGUCAAGUCGGUACCGUGCGCCGCAUCAGCGUCGUCUCCGGUCUGCCGGCUUCUACCAGUACGGAGCGGCUCGAGAUUCUCGACGACGACCGGCACGUCACCGGGUUUCGGAUCGUGGGAGGGGAGCACCGGCUCAGUAACUAUAGGUCGGUGACGUCCGUACAUAUCGAUGAAAAUGGGAAGGAUCGGACGGUGGUGAUGGAGUCGUACGUGGUAGACGUUCCGGCCGGAAACACGAGGGAGGAGACGAGGGGGUUCGUCGAUACUAUUGUGAGGUGUAAUCUCAAGUCGCUGGAGCGCGCCGCCGAGAAAGCAGCGGCGGCGGUGGCCGGCGGCCUAUUUUGACUGAUUUAUUUCUACGAAUUACUUACUCCAUAAGGAUUCUUUUCCGAAAAAAAAAAGGAAGAUUUACA